UGGUUCUUUUUAAUAAACUAAGAAUAUAAUUUGAAAAUUCAAUUUAUGCAUUAAAGUUUGAAUACUGCAUUUGUAUAUCUGUAUGAGCGCAUACGCGUAGGCUGCUAAAUUGAGGAAACAGAUUGUUUGACAAGGGUAUGGGAAUUUUUUACAGUGGGUGCCCCACACCCAUAUGGGAGCAUGAGCAGCAUGGCCGCAAUGGCCAACAUGCUGAGCAGUCUGGGGGGGGCCAUGAAUAUGGGGGGUAUGUUUCCCCCUGCGGGCGGCCUCAACGCUGCACAACUUUUGCAGCAGAUGGAAAUGGCCGCCAUAAGUUUGGGUAUGAACAAUCCCUAUAUGCAAAAUCCAUUUCUUCAAAAUAUGUCAGCGUUAUUUUACUCGAAUCCCGCGGGACCACCUUGGGGGCCUCAGCUAAGUAACAAGGCCGUUGCUUCAAUGUGGAUGAAUCAUGACAAACCGUUGCAGACGCCACACGAAGAAGAAGAGGUAGAUGAUGAAGAGCUAGGUGUGGCUGAAACGUAUGCCGACUAUAUGCCUGCUAAACUCAAAUUAGGCCGAAAACAUCCCGAUCCGGUUGUUGAAACCGCUUCGUUGUCUUCUGUUGCACCCGCAGACGUUUGGUAUAAACUGUCAAUACCAGAAGAAACCAUCAAAACAGGCCAAUUGUCUGCUUUACAACUGGAGAGUAUAACAUAUGCUUCUCAACAACAUGAACAUCUUUUACCUGACGGGACUAGGGCAGGCUUUUUAAUAGGUGACGGUGCGGGUGUUGGAAAAGGUCGUACAAUCGCGGGCAUAAUCUUCGAAAACUAUCUGAAAGGUCGGAAGAGGGCGCUUUGGAUAUCCGUAUCGAACGAUCUCAAAUAUGAUGCCGAACGGGACCUAAAGGAUAUUGGCGCUGGCAAAAUCGAAGUUCACGCUCUUAACAAAUUCAAAUACGCCAAGAUCUCUUCGGCUGUUAAUGGAAACGUAAAGAAGGGCGUAAUUUUCUCGACGUAUUCAGCAUUAAUUGGUGAAUCAAACAGUGCAGGUGGCAAGUACAAAUCGCGACUGAAACAGUUACUUCAGUGGUGUGGUCCAGAUUUCGACGGGCCUAUUAUAUUUGACGAGUGUCACCGUGCAAAAAAUUUGUGCCCUGUAGGGUCGUCAAAGCCCACAAAAACCGGUUUGACCGUACUCGAGCUACAAAAUAAGCUCCCAAAAUCGCGAGUGAUUUAUGCCUCGGCCACGGGAGCUUCCGAACCCAGAAAUAUGGCCUACAUGGUCAGGUUGGGAAUGUGGGGAGAGGGCACACCCUUCAAAGAGUUUGCGGACUUCAUAUCGGCUGUCGAAAAAAGGGGCGUAGGUGCUAUGGAAAUCGUAGCAAUGGAUAUGAAAUUAAGAGGUAUGUACAUAGCAAGACAGUUAAGUUUUCAUGGUGUAGCUUUUAAGAUUGAAGAGGUUCCUUUGUCCGAGAGCUUUAUAAAAGUAUACGAUGCUAGCGUUAAGUUGUGGGUAGAAGCGAUGCAAAAGUUUCAUGAGGCCGCGGAACUUGUGGACGCAGAAAACCGGAUGCGGAAGACCAUGUGGGGACAAUUUUGGUCGGCACAUCAGCGGUUCUUUAAAUAUCUAUGUAUAGCCGCAAAAGUGCCCCACGCUGUUGGUACAGCGCACGAAGCCAUUAAAUGCGGAAAAUGUGUUGUGAUUGGUUUACAAAGUACGGGAGAGGCAAGAACAUUAGAGCAGUUGGAAAGAGAUGACGGUGAAUUGUCAGAUUUCGUUUCAACAGCUAAAGGCGUAUUUCAAACUUUAGUAGAAAAACAUUUCCCCGCGCCUGAUAGAAGUAGAAUACAUAGAUUAUUAGGUUUAGAGCCCCCUCCUUCUAGUGUGAAAAAGGUUACAAACGGAACAGACGACGGGAAUAGUUCGUCUAAAAAACGAAAACCAAUGCGACAAGCGGCCGUGCGGGCAGUGAAACGUAACAAGUGGUCGACGUCUGACAGCGAUUCGGAGCACACAUCCGGUUCCGAGUAUAAAAUGUCAGAUAUUGAGUCUGAGAUUUCCGAAGAACAUUCCGACUCGAAUGUGAGCAGCGAUUUCAAUCCGUUUAACUCGGAUAGUGAUUCAGAUAAUGAUCCGUGGAAUCGCAAAAAGAAGGGAAAGAAGCACAAGAAGGCCGCAAAGAAACCGACCUCGACGCAGGAUAAAAUCGCCCUCUUACUUGCUAAAAAGGGUUCAAAUAAAGGGAAGACGAAUGGUGGUGUUCCAAACGAUGCCAAUAGGAUUGCACCGCCUAAAGAUGCAAUAGAACGUGCGUGUAAUAUGAAAGAGGAGUUGCUUAGUAAAAUUGAAAAAUUAGGAGAAAAAUUACCACCUAAUACGUUGGACCAGUUGAUAGACGAGUUAGGCGGACCCGAAAAUGUAGCCGAAAUGACAGGACGAAAAGGUCGAGUUGUACAAACAGAAGACGGUAUUCAGUACGAGAGUCGAUCAGAAAUUGACGUGCCGCUCGAAACGUUGAAUCUGACCGAAAAACAGCGCUUCAUGGACGGCGAAAAAGACGUCGCGAUAAUAUCGGAAGCGGCAUCUAGCGGUAUCUCGCUACAGAGCGAUAGGAGGGCACGCAAUCAGAGACGACGGGUUCAUAUUACGUUAGAAUUGCCGUGGUCUGCGGACCGAGCCAUUCAACAAUUCGGAAGGACGCAUCGUAGUAACCAAGUUAAUGCUCCCGAGUAUAUAUUUCUUAUAUCUGAUCUAGCAGGCGAACGAAGAUUCGCGAGCAUCGUUGCCAAAAGACUGGAAAGUUUAGGUGCUUUAACUCACGGAGACAGGAGAGCUACUGAAACCCGCGACUUAAGUCAAUUCAACAUAGAUAACAAGUACGGUAGGGCGGCUUUGGAGGCGACCAUGAAAGCAAUCAUGGGGUAUGACGCACCGGUCGUGCCGCCUCCGCAAGAUUACAAGGGCGACUUUUUCAAAGACGUUGCAGACGCUUUAGUUGGUGUUGGUGUUAUUGUCAAUAGUGAAACGAUGCCAGGUGUCCUGUCGCUUGAUAAAGACUACAAUAAUAUGUCAAAGUUCCUUAAUAGAAUACUCGGUAUGCCAGUUGACUUGCAAAAUAGGCUGUUUAGGUAUUUUACGGAUACCCUGGCAGCUAUCGUAACGCAGGCAAAGAGAACAGGACGUUUCGAUUUAGGUAUUUUGGACUUGGGCGCGUCUGGAGAAAAAGUAAAAAGGGUACGAACGAUAAUGUUUCUUAGAAAGCACGCCACUGGUACAGCUCCCACAGAAUUCCACACAGUGCAUGUUGAAAGAGGAAUGUCAUGGGACGAAGCGAUAGAAAAAUGGUCAGAGUUGACUGGCGCUAAAGAAGGUUUUUACAUUUCUCAUCAAAUCAGAAACAGCAAACAUACUGCCAUAUUGGCUGUGGCCAUUGAUACAGGUGUGAAAAAGAAGUCCGAAUCGAAGAAGGAUCAAAUGUACUACGUGUACAGGCCGAACACUGGGCUACAAUUUCGACAAGAGAGCUUAGCCGAAUUAGAGAAAAAAUACAAAAAGGUUCAGUCAGAUGAGGCACAAGAAGCGUGGACGCAACAACACGAAGCAUCAGUAUCUACAUGUUCGCAUGCGUAUUGGCAAGGUAAUUGCCGGAACAUGAGUGUGGGACACGACUGCGAGGUCGGGUUGCGAAGACGCACUUACAACGUCGUUUCGGGCUCUGUCUUAUCAGUAUGGAGUCGUGUCGAAAGUGUACUUGCAAACAAGUGUGGAACACACAACAACAAAAUGCAAGUCAUACGACUCAAAACGGAGGNCAUGAAAAAUAUUGGUUAAAAUAUAUUGUGAUUACCAAACAAACGUUUUUUAUAUAAUAAUUGAUUUUUAUAAGAUCGAUGUAAUAAAUGACAAGCAAAAAUAGUAAUAAUUAAGACCUUGAUACAUGAUAUAGACAAAUAUAACAGGCAAAAAACUAAUAACGAUGACAGAGCAGUUACAAACUAACACCCAAAUUGAUCCACUCAAUUAGAAAAUAGAUUAACAUAUACCUACAAAGACAUUAUUUCUAAAGCAGUAAUUACAGC